AUGCUUCAUCUACUAUUUCUACUAAUACUACUACUAAUACUAUUAAUAUCACUACUACUACCACUGCUACUGCUACCACUACUACUACUACUACAAUAUCUGCUACUACUACUUCUGCUACGACUACUAAUAUUGCGACUACUAAUACAACUACUUCUGAUACUACUGCUACUACUGCUGCUACUACUGCUACUAUUAAUACUAAUACUAAUAUUACUAAUAAUACUACUAAUAAUACUACUACUACAAAUAAUAUUAUUAUUACUAAUACUACCACCAUAUAACACCGUUCUGGACUUUUUGAUGACAGUAUUAUCUCGACGCCUUGAAUUUCAAGCCGAUGCCUUUGCAGUUGGUCUUAGUUAUGGAACUUACUUAAAGUCGGCCCUGAUAAUCCUUCAUAAGGAUAACUUAUCCUUCCCUGUUUCCGACUGGCUAUACUCCAUGUGCAAUUACUCUCAUCCUCCCAUUUUGGAACGUUUGUCUGCCAUUGAUAAGUGUUUAGCUAAAAAGGCAGAAUAA